AUGUCCGGAGGGGGCAGCAGGAACCCGACUCCCCCCAUCCUCCGGCCCAGCUCUACGCCAACUCCUCCUCAGCUUCCUAGCCAGGUUCCUGAGCACAGCCCAGUGGUGUAUGGGACUGUGGAGAGCCCUCAUCUCACUGCCGUCAGGGACCCCAAAAUAGAGGAGAAGCCAAAAUUGGAUCCCGUGUUGAAAUCGUCUCCCUCCGCCCCGGUGCGCGCCGAGCCGGCCACCUCCACCAAGUGCUCUACACCGGAGCAGGUCGCUGAGCCCGCCGCGCCGGACGCCGGAUCCGAACAUCACCUGCCGCCUGGAACAUUGCCCGGCGUGGCAGCUGCCGCCACGGCUCCCGUGGUUGUGGCCUGUCACCUAGGAGACACGAGCGAGGGUGACAGCGCCGCAGAGGAAUGCGCGUCUCCCGACGAGGCCAUCACGGAGGACGCCGAAGAGGAGCUAUGCAAGGAACCGCCGGGGCCUACCGUAGCCCUCCGAAACCCCGGUGACCCCUCAGGAAAUGAACGGCAUAAGCUAUGAACACUCGGCCGUGGACAGUGCUGUGGAUGAGAAAGCAAUGUUGGGGGAAGAGACUUCGCCGGAUGUGCCGGAGCUGGCGCCCCCUGUGGAGACGAGUGUAGAAUGCACUUCUCCUCCCAAUGUGCCUCAAACGUUGCCCGUACAGCCAGAAUCGCCCCCUCCUCCUCUCAUCGCUGCUGCUCAAUGUACCACUAAGACCUCCCCUCCUGCCGCUCUUCUUCCAGCUGUGGUGUCGGACCAUGCGGACGAGCGGGAUGACGUCAGAACGCCCAGCUUGGAUGGGGCCGUGGACUCUGUGAACGCAAGGCCGGCAGAUACUUACACAGAACUAGAGCCAAGCGUGACCCUUCUGAGCUUCACCUCAAGGAAGAGUCCUGUGGAAGCGCAGACCGCGGCAGCUGCACCAAAGAUGUGGCAGAAACCAAAAGACGAGAGUCCGCACGCCGAUGAGGUCCUGCCAUCCGAUGUUGAGUUGCAGGAAGAGGGUGACGCUGAAGAGGAGAAGGCUGCGGAGGUGGAGUCGGAGGAAGACGGCGGCGGUGUCACCGCAGAGGUCGAUCACCCGUACCUUAACUCUAAACUGCCGGAGGAGAACGGUGAGGCGGAACCCUUCCGUAACGGGGCCGACACCAUCUCGGAGGGUGAAGGGGGGGACGCCCCGCUGGGCCCGGAGGAGGGCUACCCCUACAAGCCAGGUGUCAUCCUGGCAGAUCAGCCCACUGACGUGUCCCAGGACGCUCCGGCAGUGCCAGCCUCUUACGUGCCGCAGGAGGGGAAGCGUCAGUACGACCGGGACUUCCUGCUGGGGUUCCAGUUCAUGCCGGCCUGUGUGCAGAAACCAGAAGGCUUGCCGCCCAUCAGCGACGUGGUCCUGGACAAAAUCAAUCAGCCCAAGCUGGCCAUGAGGACUCUGGACACGCGCAUGCUGCAGAAGGGGCCGGACUUCACCCCAGCAUACGCAGAUUUUGGGCGCUUAGCCCCGGGGGGUCGUGGGGUUCCGCUGCUGAACGUUGGUGGUCCCAGGCGGUCACAGCCGGGGCAGAGAAGGGAGCCUAGGAAGAUCAUCAUGAACAUCUCGGUGACAGACGACGUCCACCUGAAGAAGUCCGAGAACGCCUGGAAGCCCAGCGUGAAGAGAGACAGCCAGCCUGAGGACCCUGAGGCUGUCCGCACCCAGGCUCUCUUCCGAAAGGUCCGCAGCAUCCUGAACAAGCUGACGCCACAAAUGUUCAACCAGCUGAUGAAGCAGGUGACGGACCUGACCGUGGACACGGAGGAGAGGCUGAAGGGCGUCAUUGACUUGGUCUUCGAGAAGGCGCUCGAUGAGCCCAGCUUCUCUGUAGCAUAUGCCAACAUGUGCCGAUGCCUUGCCACGCUGAAAGUUCCGAUGGCCGACAAGCCGGGGGGGAGCACCGUGAACUUCCGCAAACUGCUGCUAAAUCGCUGCCAGAAGGAGUUCGAGAAGGACAAAGCCGACGACGACGUGUUCGAGAAAAAGCAGAAAGAACUGGAGCUGGCGUCCAUGGCAGAAGAGAAGACUCGUCUUCAGGAAGAGCUGGAGGAUUCCCGGGACAAAGCCCGACUGCGGUCCAUCGGGAACAUCAAAUUUAUUGGUGAGCUUUUCAAGCUGAAGAUGCUGACAGAGGCCAUCAUGCACGACUGUGUGGUGAAGCUGCUGAAGAACCACGACGAGGAGUCCCUGGAAUGUCUCUGCCGCCUUCUCACCACCAUCGGCAAAGACCUGGAUUUUGAGAAGGCGAAGCCACGGAUGGACCAGUACUUCCACCAGAUGGAGAAGAUUGUGAAGGAGAGGAAGACGUCCAUCAUCGCGGAUCCGAUUCAUGUUGCAGGAUGUCAUAGACCUCAGACAGUGCAACUGGGUGUCGCGUAGAGCCGACCAAGGGCCCAAAACCAUCGAGCAGAUUCACAAAGAGGCCAAGAUCGAAGAGCAGGAAGAGCAGAGGAAGGUCCAGCAGCUGAUGACCAAAGAGAAGCGAAGGCCAGGAGUCCAGAGAGUGGAGGAGGGCGGCUGGAAUACGGUACAAGGGGCGAAGAAUAACCGAGUGCUGGACCCCACCAAGUUCCUGAAGAUCACCAAGCCCACAAUCGAUGAGAAGAUUCAGCUGGUCCCCAAGGCUCAGCCUGGCAGUUUGGGGGAAGGGGAGCAGCGGAGGGGCGAAGACCUCAGAGACAGAGUCAUUGAGGCCGGGGGUCCCCAGUCUGAACCGGGUUUUCGGCUCUUCAGCCUUCCGUUCCUCCAGCGGUGUCCUCCUCCUCUUCUUCCUCUGAACAGGACAGCCGCAGGAUAUUGACAAGCCAUGGAAACACGGGACGGGAGAAGAACGACAAGCCUGCACCACCCACCACCUCAGCCACCCGCCCCAGCAGUUUACUGCGAGGCAGCAGUACGAAGGACCUCAUAGACAAUCAAGAAGACCUGAGGCGGGAGCCUCUCCACACGGGAAAACCGCUGAGCACCUCCACCGAGCAGGAGAAGACUUCCAGCUUAGAGCGGAAGAGCAAAGAGCCAGCCAAGAGUGAGAGCGCAGAACCCGACAAGUCUCCGGUGUCAGAAGAAGAACUGGAAAGGAAAUCGAAGGCCAUCAUAGACGAGUUCCUCCAUAUCAACGACUACAAGGAGGCCAUGCAAUGUGUGGAGGAACUGGGGGCUCAGGGCACGCUGUCGGUCUUUGUACGGGUGGGCGUGGAAUCGACCUUAGAAAGAAGUCAGAUCACCAGAGAUCACAUGGGGCAGCUGCUCUACCAUUUGGUGCAGUCCGGGAAGCUCAGCAAGCAGGACUUCUUCACAGGAUUUUCGGAAACUCUGGAGCUGGCGGAUGAUAUGGCGAUUGACAUCCCACAUAUCUGGCUGUACCUGGCAGAGUUGGUGACCCCCCAUGUUGAAGGAAGGUGGCAUCUCAUUGAAAGAGUUAAUCACAGAGUUCAACAAGGCUCUGCUCCCUGUGGGCCGCGGGGAGGGGUAUUGCUGUCAGAAAUCUUGCACCUUCUAUGCAAACAAAUGAGCCAUAAGAAAGUGGCGGCGUUGUGGAGGGAGACGGGACUGAGAUGGAAAGAUCUAUUACCCGACGGGGAGGACGUGCAGAGCUUUUGUGAGCGAGAAGAAUCUGGACUUCACGUUGUCAGACUGUUCCAGCCCUUCAGAGAGGAAGGAGAUGACGGCGGAGGAGCUGAACAAGCGUCUGGAACAGCUGAUCAUCGAGGAGACCCCCCCAGCGAUGAGCACAUAUUUGACUGGGUAGAGGCUAAUCUAGACGAAGGCCAGAUGACGUCUCCGACAUUCCUUAGAGCUUUAAUGACCGCAGUGUGCAAAGCGGCGAUUGUGGGGGAUUGUUCUUCCUGCCGUGUGGACACCACCUUCCUCAAACAGAAGGUUCCAGUCUUAGUGAAGUACAUGGACUCCAAUGUAGAGAGGGAACUACAAGCACUUUAUGCACUUCAAGCAUUGAUAGUAAAACUUGAUCAACCUCCCAACUUGCUCCGCAUGUUUUUUGACUGCCUCUACGACGAAGAAGUCAUAUCGGAGGACGCCUUCUACCGGUGGGAGAGCAGCAAAGACCCCGCGGAGCAGAACGGGAAAGGCGUAGCACUAAAGUCAGUCACUGCCUUUUUCACGUGGCUGCGAGAAGCCGAGGAGGAAUCCGAGGACAACUAG